AUGAAGCGUUUCAUUCUACUCGCCUUCGUCAGCAUCAAGCAGACCCUGGGCAGCUCGUGGAAGCAGGACGGUAAGGACAUGUCGCAGUGGAACGUCCAGCUCACGGCCGGCUCCGAGACGGUCAAGUCCCUCGAGCUCUCCAUCACCGGCGCCGCCCUCACCCAGGUCUGGGAGCUCACCCGCCAGCCCAACGGCCUCUUCGCCCUGCCCGACUACCGUCUGCAGAGCGGCGGCAUCGUCGCCGGCCAGGUUCACCAGUUCGGCUACAUCUGGGAGUCGGCAGCCCAGGCCACCAUCACCGUCGCCUCCAUCAACUGCGGCACCACCGCCCCGUCGGCCUCGCCCUCGGCCGCGCCCGCCAGCCCCAGCGCCUCGCCCCCCGCGCCGUCGGCCUCGCCCUCGGCCGUGCCGUCUAUCGUCGCCUCACCCCAGCCAAGCCCGCCGUCGGGCUGCAGCGUGAGUGUGACCCAGACCGCGCGCUCGGCCAACGCGGGCGGCAGCUGGACCGACGGCGCCUACCGCUUCCAGCUGUACGACCUGGCGAUCGUCAACAACGGCAACAGCCCCGUGACGGCCGCCCAGCUCACCAUUGCCCUCGCCACCGGCCAGGCCAUCACCCAGUCGUGGAACAUCGAGCUCAAGAGCGGCACGGCCUCGACCUACGUUGUGCCCAACACCUACGGCCCUCUUCAGGUCGGCGCGACCCUCGGCGCCGGCUACGUCCUCCGCUCGCCGCUCGCGGCCGGCCAGCCCGCCGCGCCCGCCAUCGCCAUCGACUCUGUGACCUGUACCGGGUCGCCCACCGCCAACCCGUCGGCCGCGCCCGCCAGCCCCAGCCCUAGCGCUUCGCCCGCGGCCCCUUCGGCCUCGCCCUCGGCGGCCCCCACGAUCGUGGCCACGCCUCAGCCGAGCCCGACCAACGGCUGCGGUGCGGUGGUGACGAUCACCGCGCGCUCGGCCGCGGCCGGCGGCGUGUGGACCGACAACGGCAACACGUUCCAGAUCUUCGACGUCAACCUGGCCAACAGCGGCCAGCGCCCGAUCAACGGCGGCGUGCUCACCUUCGCCUUCGCCGAGGCCAGCGCGACGAUCACCCAGUUCUGGGAGCUGAACAGGCAGGGCUCGACCAAUGCCUUCAACGUGGCGUUCAACUACGGCCCGCUGCAGGUCGGCGCCAUCCAGGGCUCGGGCAUCAUCGUGCGUGUUUCCGGCUCCUCGCCCGCCGCCAAGCCCAGCACCACCCUGAGCUCCCUCAGCUGCCAAUAG